UGGCGGAGAAACACGUUGCGCUUGAGAGAAUACCAGAGACGGGCAAUGAUGCCUAGCUCAAACCGUUAAGUUACCGCACGGUUAGGCAGUGGCGAGGCGCACAUUUUACUCAUCCCGUAUAAGUAAUCGCAUUUUCAGCAAGAAAUGGAGAAGACUAACGAAAUUAACGGACACGCUGUGUCCGAAUGCUCGGCACCUACAAGCAAGAUUCCAGCCAAGAAUGAUCCGAAAACCUUCAAAGAGAAGUUAGUGGGGUUUUUCAGAAGGAAUCUGUUGGUGGUACUGACGGUGUCCGGGGUCCUGGUGGGCGUCGGGCUCGGCAUGAUGGUCCGGAAUAUGAAUCUCACCCGCGCGCAGAUGACUUAUUUUGCUUUUCCCGGAGAAAUGCUUCUGAGGAUGCUGAAGAUGAUUAUCCUCCCGCUGGUGGUGUGCAGCCUUAUCUCGGGCGCUGCCAGUCUGGAUACCCGGUCACUGGGGAAACUGGGUGGGAUCGCAGUGUCAUACUUUUUGGUGACCACUCUCAUCGCCUCGGCUAUCGGCGUGGCGCUUGCAUUUAUCAUCAAACCUGGGGUGGGUGCAGGGGCACUGAACACUAAUAACCUAGGGCUGGAGACCGUUUCUGCCAACAAAGAAACCACCGACUCCUUUUUAGAUCUCGCCAGGAACUUGUUUCCAGCAAACUUGGUCGCUGCAGCUUUUCGUUCUUACGCCACAGAUUACAGAAUGAUUGCCGUGGGAAACAACACAAAUGGAACCCUCAUCUACCAAAAGGUUCCAGUAGGCACAGAAACCGAGGGCAUGAACAUCCUGGGCCUGGUUCUGUUCGCCAUGGUGUUCGGUGUGGCUCUGAGGAAGUUGGGGACUGAGGGGGAGGAGCUUAUACGCUUCUUCAAUGCCUUCAACGAAGCCACAAUGGUCCUCGUCUCCUGGAUCAUGUGGUAUGUGCCCGUUGGCAUCAUGUUCCUGGUGGGCAGUAAGAUUGUGGAGAUGGAAGAUGUGGUCCUCCUGGUCACCAGUCUGGGGAAGUACAUCUUCGCCUCCAUCCUGGGACACAUCAUCCAUGGCGGCAUUAUCCUGCCCCUUAUUUAUUUUGCGUUCACCCGCAAAAACCCCUUCAGCUUCCUGUCUGGCCUCAUCACCCCUCUCACCACAGCCUUCGCCACCUGCUCCAGCUCAGCGACCCUGCCCUCCAUGAUGAAGUGUGUGGAGGAGAACAACGGUGUGGACAAAAGGAUCAGCCGCUUCAUCCUGCCCAUUGGAGCCACGGUCAACAUGGACGGAGCCGCCAUCUUCCAGUGCAUCGCCGCCGUCUUCAUCGCGCAGCUCAACAACGCUGAGCUCAACGCUGGGCAGAUCUUUACAAUCCUCGUUACGGCCACAGCAUCCAGUGUUGGGGCGGCUGGCAUCCCGGCUGGGGGGAUAAUCACCAUCGCCAUCAUCCUGGAGGCCAUCGGCCUCCCCACCAACGACCUGUCUCUCAUGCUGGCUGUUGACUGGAUCGUAGACCGCACAACCACGGUGGUAAACGUGGAGGGUGACGCUCUGGGGGCAGGGAUCCUUCACCACAUUAACGAGAAGGAGAUGAAGAAGCAGAGGCAGCAGGAGAAAAAGGAGGAGGAGGAGGAGCUAGCGGAGGUGAGGGUGGAGGCAGUGGCCAACGUGUCGGCUGAGGAGGAGACAUCCCCGCUCGUGACACACCAGAACCAGGCGGGCGAGGUCUCCCCCAGUGCCUCAGAAGUGAAGGAAGCCAUGGAGUCUGCCCUUUGAACUUGGAGAGAUCCACUCUCACCCGCGUCAAAAAUACCACUACUGGCAUCCAAACGACAUGACCUGUCUUUACCUCUGAGGAUAAAUGAAGUUGCACCUCUUGAAAAAAAAUGCCAUUCUGUAGAUGCAAUAUGUAAGGGUUGUUAUGUUGCUAGGUUUGUAUUAGGGUUAGGCACACAAUCCUGUUGAAAGCUCUAAUUUCUUAGUAGGCUGUGGAAUUGCCAUUUAUUUUAUCUGUUUGAUUCCUCGUGUUUCAUUUCCCUGUUACAGAAAGAAACUUUUGACUUGGCAUCAAAAUUUUGGGUGACAGUUUUAAGACUGUCCCCUACAUGUCCCCUACAUGUAUGAAAUGAACGAUUAGAGGUUAUGAGACAGGUAGUGAGGAACAUUAUUUACAGACUGACCUGCUGUCUUGUUUGUCCACAGUGUUUUAACUUGGCAUGUAAAAUAUUAACCAAUUUGCAGAUUGGUAAUGCUGUAAAUAUUUGUGAAGUUAGGUAUCUUUCUUAUCUAUGUAUAAUGUGACACACUGGCAUUACUUGUUAUACAAUUGUGAUUUGAUAGGGGCCAAGCAGGUCGUUAUUUGUUUAUUCGUUUGAUGUUUGAUUGGACUCUACACAGACAACAUUUUUUAUGAGUGUAAUGUGAAACGUGUUGUUAGUAACACUCCAGUCAACUCAAGUGUGUUAAAUGCAUAAACCAACAAGGGCUGGCCCUAGGUUUUUUAUGCAGGUUUUCACAACACAUGUAACAGCUGUGAUGGUCUCUGAACUCGACAGGGAAAUGCGUUGUGCUAAAUACUCCAAUGGCAUCUGAGCUCUGUGGUUUUACUUUCUGCAGCAGGUAACAUCUGUGUAUUUGGGAGAAAAACCUUGCAGAGUUGUGCAGCUUUAAAUUUUCAUACAGUGGAUGUUUCUUUAAAGAAUUCCAGUCAUUGACAACUGGUCAGUGUCUCUCAGGACUUUUGACCUUAUCAAAAUCAAAAAUACACCCACAGACAGAUCCCUGUACUUCCCGGUAUAUUCCCCACAAUUAUAGUAUUAUAAGUAUUUAAAUUCAAUUUCCCUGCCUCUUUCAAUGAUUGGUUUCUUGGACUUCUGUUUAAACAUGUAGUGUGAUGCCACCUACAGGUGAAAAGGCUUCAUGUUAAAGAUAAAAAUUGAGAUUGUUUUUGAAAAAGAAAAAUGCCAAAGUAUUGGCUACUGGAAGAGAAUUUCCUGCUCUUGGUUAGUGCCACAUAUUUUGCAUAUGAUGUUUGUUUAUGCAGAUUACAUCUACAUUUCAAAAGAAAUUAUUGAGAAGAUAUAGAUAUAGAUGAAAUUAUUGAGAAGAUAUAGAUGCUAAAAUAAUAGCAUAUGACCAUCUUUUUACAAAAUCAAGCAGCAAACAACACAGAAAUAUUCAGUGCAUGUUGAAAUGUUUGAAAUCCUGGUUAUUUAUCAAGUCACUUUCCCAUAUACAUAGAGGAAAUGUGUAAAUAUGACAUCCUGUAUUCCCCAACCUUCAUUUGAAGAGUGUGUGUUGCCAAGGACAUUGUUUUGGUUGGAUAAAGAAUGCAUGACAACUUUAAAGCCAGUUUUCUUUCCUUCGUGUUUUAGUGCUUGUAUGUGCUGAAAUGAGUGAAAAAGGGAAAAUGUUUAAUAAAAUAUAGAUCUUCAAGACAGAUUUAUUUGUUGGAGUUUGCAGAUAUGGCACAUACAUAAAUCUGUGAUGAUGCUACUGUGGGAUAUUUUGUGACAGUCCUGUAUAAUUUCAUGACAGAAUGCAAAACCAUUUGACCCAAAUGAAGCUAGAGAAUGAUGUGUUGAAUGUAUUGGAAAGGCAG